GGGGGGGGGGGGGAUUUCCCUGGCAGCGCGCGCUCACGAGUUUCCCAGCAGCCAGCCAAUCAAAAAACCCGCGGCAUGGGUAUGACUCACCCAAAACCACGUUGGAAGCGUUGAGCGCGACGACGGAAUACCGAGAAUCUCCCGCACCUGACUCAUAUAACCGCGGCUCGCGAAGCCGCUCCGCUCACAGUCGAACGCCUGACGCCGACGAGGCAGCAACACAAGCGAGAGAGAGAGAAACUUGAAAGUGCACGCGAAGAGUGAACAAGAAAAAAAAGAAAGAAAACAUACAUUCGCGGAAGUCCAAUCAUGAAGUUCAUGUCGAACGUAUCGUCGAAAGCCGCCGUGACGGGAGAACCGUUCGCAGUGCCAUUGAACCCGUCGCUAGACAAGAAGCGAAAGGCUUUGCAUCUCAGCCUGGGUCAAGCGACCCCGAGGAAACGUGCAGCUGGGGGGUUGGAGUCCCCAGACUUGUCGCGGAUUUCGUCGCCCACGUUGGAUCGGUUCCUGGGUCGCAAUGUCGACCAAGGCCCCCCAUUGCUGACCCCGUCCACCAUGGACAUCCUCUUCAACAAGUCGACACCUACUGGGGAAGCCAAGAGUUUCGUGGAUGGCUUCAUGGAGGCCUACAAGUCCGUUGAGAAGCGGAAUGAUCCCAUGUUGACCGAAGCCACCGUCGUGUCCCACAACGAAAUUUUUGUUGAUGGGCUUGGAAACAAUGAAACUGAGAACGCAAUUCCGGUGGUGCCGCAAUGGCACAGCUACACCAACAGCCAAGACGAAUCCCUCACCAUCCUCCCAAUGUACCUAGAAUCCGACGAGAAAAGCUACACCGACCUCAGCUACUCCCAAGCACCCGUGGAUGCCACCUACAUCGCCAUCGCAGACGUUGAUGUCCCACCAGCAGGCUCCAUCCCUUUGGUUGCCAAGCGAACGGCAUCUUUGGCAUUGACAUCUGGAGGCAAGUUUGUGAAUGUGUCUCUCAUGGAGCCCAAGUCGGAGCCACAGGAUGUGGAAGUCAUCGAGAACAUCCCAACAACCAUCACAAAUAGCCCCAUGUCAUCCGUGACUUACGAGGAAGAUCAAGAUGAUAGCAUGGACGGGUUCCCGGGCUCAGAAGAAGACGAUUACAAGCCUGAUCCGCCCAAGCGUGGUGGAAGGAAGGGUAACACAAGACCCAUCCCUUCCAACUUGUCUGCCGCUGAACGCCGAAAGCUUGAGAAGAAACGUGCCCGAAAUCGUGAAGCAGCGAGCAAGUGCCGAGCGAAGAAGAUGGCAACAAUUGCAUCAUUGCAAAAGGAAAAUAAGGACUUGAUGACUGAAAGGAGCCGCGCGAAUAACGAAGUGAGCAAGCUGAAGAAGGAAAUCGCACAACUCCAGUCCUUCAUCAUGCAGCACAUUAGGGAUGGAUGUCCUACAUCUUUUGGCGAAUACCGUAGUUCAAAGCUGUGAAGUCGGAUUAAUUCGCCUGGGAAAAGUGUGAAUGAGUGGAUUGAUCGGAUUUUCUUACGUUGAGGAGAGAGCUGGGAGCCUGUGAUAUUGCGUUGAUUUUUGGAUACAAUGCGCGGAAACGCAGGUUUUCAUGUUUUAUUUUGGAAUCUCUUUACGGGAGAGAUUCAUUUUUUUGUUGGCUAUGCGUGAGCGGAAGUGUAAUUUAUCGUGCUAUUCCAAAGAACUUGACUAAGUGGGAUAUGAGAGCAUUCAACUUUACACGUGGAGUAGCGCUCAAGAAGGGCCUUCUCGUUCUGAGCCGCGAAAGGACAAAAAUUCAGCUUUUUUUCUCGCUUUUUGCUGCGUGUUUGGAACGGCUCCGACGCCUCGAGUGACGGAAGUUUGAAAUUAAACGCAUGCAAUGUUACCAAAGA